CCUCGCAAGAUGACCAUCACCAGUGACUUCGAGACUCACACCAGCGUGGCUGGUAUUGUGGGACCCUUCCCAGAGGGUGCUGAAGUCACACUCUCCUGCCAGGUCCUAGGAGGUCGACCUCGACCAGAAGUGACGUGGUGGUACGAAGGAUCCCUCUUGGACGAUGUGAGUGAGGUUAAGUCAGGUCAAGUGACACGUAAUGCCCUCUCCUUGUAUCCUCUCACCCGUCGAGACCUCAAUAAGACCCUGGUGUGUCGAGCCCUCAACACUCAUCUCACACCGCCAUUGACUGAAGCUGUCAUUAUCGACAUGAAAUACUCAGCGACAUCAGUACGGCUGGUGACUGGGAGUGAUGGCCUGGUGAGACUGGUGGAGGGUGUUCCUGGCACCAUCACCUGUGUUGGGGAGGGUGCACGACCCCCAGCACGACUUCUAUGGUGGAAGGAUGGUCUUCCUUUCACAUACCCUGCCCAGGUCAGUGCCCAUCCUGCCCUGGGUCAAUGCUCCCUCUGCCCCCAGGUCAUAGGCCUUCUUGAACAGGUUAGCACCCUUCUUGAACAAUUCAGUGUCUUAUUUGUCCAGGUUUGUGGCCUCCCUGUCCAGGUCUGUUGCCUCCCUGUCCAGGUCUGUUGCCUUCCUGUCCAGGUCUGUGGCCUCCCUGUCCAGGUCUGUGGCCUCCCUGUCCAGGUGUGUAAUACAAGCAACAUCUAAGUAUCUUUGUCGACUUUUGCCAACAGUGGCUAUAUAAUGUUGGACAAAAGAAC